CAAGCCGCGGAGAAGGGUCACGCAGGUGCGCAAAAUAGGCUUGGGCGCUGCUACUAUCACGGACGCGGCGUAGAGAAGAACCACGUGGAGGCGGUGAAACUGUAUCGUCAAGCCGUGGAGCAUGGUUACGUAGGUGCGCAAUAUGACCUUGGGGUCUCCUACGAACACGGAGAAGGCGUAGAGAAGAACAUGGCAGAGGCGGUGAAGUGGUAUCAUCAAGCCGCGGAGCAGAGUUACGCAUAUGCGCAAAAUAACCUUGGGGUCUCCUACGAACACGGAGAAGGCGAAGAGAAGAACAUGGCAGAGGCGGUGAAGUGGUAUCAUCAAGCCGCGGAGCAGAGUUACGCAUAUGCGCAAAAUAACCUCGGGCGCUGUUACUAUUUCAGUUAUGGACACUGUGAGAGAGACCUCGGUAAGGCGGAACACUGGCUCGCGAAGGCCGUAGAGAACGGU